GUCCGUUCAAGCGCAACCGAAAACCUGUUAGCAUCUCGUGUGCUGAGAAUUUACAUAAAAACCAAAUAAUAACAUGAGCAAAUAUUAUUAAACAAAUCGUUUGCAAGGCUGGUGACGUUUAAGGGAGCCCGAAAAGCCUUUAUAAAGUGCCAACAUUUUUCGAAAGAACCACAGAACGCCUUUGAGUGUCGAAAAGGAACGCAAGUGUGGAUUAUCAGACAAAUAUGAAAGUCAUUUUGGUUUUAGCCAUCCUGUCGCUGGGACAAGCCGCAGAGUUGCCCCAGACCACAGAAGCCGCAACUGCAGCCACAACGGGGAAACCCCGGCCAACGGAGCUGCCCAUUCACAUCCAGAACCUGAUAACCAGCCACAUCAAUCAUGUACUCCAGCAUAUUAAGAACAAACCUCAGGACUCGAACACAUUGAGUGGACCGGUGGACUGGAAUGGGAGUGGGAGUGGGAGCGGGGCGCCAGUGGUCAAGCCCCAUCCAGAUCUCCUUCCACCACUGGCACACACUGGUGAUGUCCUUGCCACUCCCUCUGCCGACAUCCCAACGCCUGCACCUCCGCUGCAAUCUGGCCUACAGCCGGUGCAAGCUGGCAGUCCACAGGUGAGGAUUACCAAUCACCAGGCCACCGGUACGCUGAUCCAUCAAGGAAGACCGGUGGUGCAGAACAAGGUGGUGAUGCCGCCGGUGGACCAAGUGGUCCUCUCGCUGCCUGGCCAAGAACCCAUCAAUGUGGCCGAAAAGCUUAACAAACUGCAACAGCAUGUGACCAAGGUGAUGCAACAGGCUGAGAAGCAUAUUCCUUUGGCUGUGAACCAGGCCAUUAAGCAAAAGAAGGAACAGGAGGCUCAGAGGGAGAAGGAAAUUAACAAGGAGGAUGAAGAGGAUCAUAAGGACCCCGAGCCUUCUGAAACAACACCCCAGCCAAACGGAUCCAAAGCAGGUCGCUCUCUGGUAAUUCCCGAAAAGGUAUCCAAUAUCGUCAACCAAGUCCACGCCCACAUUCCCCAACUGAUUGCCCAAUAUAAGGAGGAAAUUAAACUGGGAAAAUGCAACUUUGAGUGUCCCAAAGCCUCUCUAUCCAUAUGUGCCAGCAACGGCAAAUGUGUGGUCAACUUUCCGGGACAAUGUGAGCUGAGCCAGUGGAACUGCUUCAACAUCAAGAAUGUUUUCCAUCAGGUUCACGAUUCCGAGUGCCAAAACACCAUUACUUGUUAUAAGAGGGAUAUGAUGUAAGCGAUUCCUACGGGAGUCUAAGAAAUUGUCUCAGCGAAUUU